UUUAUUUUCGGGAAGAUGAGGACACGGAAAAAUCCCUGCUCCGCCGACAAAGUCUGGCUGGAAAAGCCCCGGAACGAAGAAGCCGAGCGGGAAGCGCCGGAGCGGGAAGCGCCGGAGCCCGAGGCCGUCAACGGGAUCUGCCACGAGGAUUCCAUCGAGGGGGAGCUCAGGGGGGACCCGAAAAAGCCCAGGAAUGGCAAAAAGCAGCGGAAGCGGAAGCGCUCGCCGAAACCCAGAGCGCAGGAUUCCAAGCUGGAGGCGAUCCUGGCGGGAAUGUCGGCGGAGCACGUGUGGUUUGACAAGCCCUUGUACGACCGCGCCGAGAGCGCCUACAGGAUAAGACUGGCGGGUUCCCAGAGCUGGGAAUCACCUGAGACUGGGAAAACGGCUCAGGAGUCUCCUGCCGUGGCCAGGUCGAAAUCCAGCCAAGACAUUCCCAAGGCGAGGAUGCUCCCGGCGUGUUCCCAUGGAAGCCUGGCCGCCUGCCACCACAUUGUCCAAGGGGUUUGGAUCAACAAGCUUGACUUCGAUAAGGCCGAGAGGGCGUUCAUGGAGAAAUCCCAGUUUUUCCUUCCUCCCAACGUCCUGGCCAUCCCAUCCGUGUGGGCGAAUUCCAGGCUGGGAACGCCGGACGAGGGCUACGGCACGGCCUUGCCCACUCCUGCCACUCCAGGCUUGGCUCCCGGCAUUCCCAACUCUCCCGUGGCCUCCGUUCCCAGUUUGCCCAGCUCUGACCAGCAGACGGUCAAUGGGAAGCCGCAGAUUUCCAACUGGGAAGUUCUGGCAUCCGAGGUGUGGCUGGAAAAGCCUCUCUACGAUGAUGCGGAGAAGAAUUUUUAUGAGAAGAUGUUGGAUGGGCACCCCUUGGAUAAAACCCAACAGCAGCAACAUGGCUGCCCAGAAGCAUCCAAGGACCACAACCCUGGGAAACAAGCGGGAAUCGCCUCCACCAACCCUGAGCUCCCUGAUAUUCCCAAGGAAAAUCCUGUCUGCUUUUUCCUGCACAAGGACAGCGAAUCCGUGUGGCUGAAUAAGGUGACCUACGACAGGGCUGAAUCCAGAUAUUUUGCCCUGGAAGCGGCCAGAGCAGCAGAGAAAACAGGGAUCCAGGAAUCUGCUGCAGAAAAUCCCUCCCAUCCAGCUGCUCCGAGCAUUCCUGCUCCAGAAACGAAGAAAAUGGCUGUGGAUUACUUCCUGCACGACAAGAUCUGGUUCGAGAAGUUCAAAUACGACGACGCCGAGCGAAGGUUCUACGAGCAGAUGAACGGCCCCGUGGGUGGCUCCUCCCGCCAGCAGGAGAACGGAGCCAGCACGAUCCUCCGCGACAUUGCCAGAGCCAGGGAGAAUAUCCAGAAAUCGCUGGCCGGAAGUGCAAGCACAACCUCCCCUGGAGCUGCUGGUGACCAAAAUGAGCUCCUGUCCCGAAUUUCCCACCUGGAAGUGGAAAACCAGAACCUCCGCAGUGUUGUUGCAGACCUCCAGAUGGCCAUUUUCAAGCUGGAAAGCCGCCUGAACGCUCUGGAGAAAUCCUCAACUUCCCACCAGCCCUCAUCUGUUCCUCCAACCCAGAAAGUGGAACCGUUCAGCAUUCCCUCCAAAAAAGUGGAGCUCCCGGCCAAGAAAGCUGAGCCAGCUGCUGCUGAGGAGGAUGAGGAUGAUGACAUUGACCUUUUUGGGAGCGAUGAUGAGGAGGAAGACCAGGAAGCUGCCAAAGUCCGGGAGGAGCGGCUCCAGCAGUACGCGGAGAAGAAGGCCAAGAAGCCGGGACUCAUCGCCAAGUCUUCCAUCCUGCUGGAUGUGAAGCCAUGGGACGACGAGACCGACAUGGCCAAGAUGGAGGAGUGUGUCCGGUCCAUCCACAUGGACGGCUUGGUGUGGGGAGCCUCCAAACUGGUCCCAGUCGGAUAUGGCAUCAAGAAACUCCAAAUCCAGUGCGUGGUGGAGGACGAGAAAGUCGGGACAGACAUCCUGGAGGAGGAGAUCACCAAGUUUGAGGACUACGUGCAGAGCGUGGAUAUUGCUGCUUUUAACAAGAUUUAGAAGGGAAAACUGUAUCCCCCUCAACUGAACCUGGAAUUAAUAAAGAUGAACAUUGGGAGUGCA